GCAUUAUAUAUUUACAUAGUUUCACAAGAUUCAUUUUUGUAAUUUAUUUACAACUGAAAAUCAAUUACAAAAACGAAGAUAUAAAAAAGCCAAUGGAUAUUUUGUGGAGCAAUUCAUGAUCUAAUUAUUCGUAGAUUAUCACAUAAAUCGUGAAAGCACAGCAAAGAAAACAGAAACAAUUGUAAAACUGAUUUAUGUUAUCAAAACGCGUGUCUUUGUUUGAAUAGGCUAUAGCGUUUGUGCAAUGUCGUGACAUACCGUAGAGCCCUGGUGUAUGUGUCGGAAGCUCGUUUAGUUAAUUAGGUCUGUUAAUAUCAAAAACGUGAUGAUAUGCCAAUCUUGUUGCAAACGUUUCAUGCUUUUCGUGAUUGAUAUUGCACGAACGAUUUUUUUCCGUGGCUAAGAAAUAUUUGGUUUAACGGUUUAAAUGGUGACUAUAUACUACUAUAAGAAGUGCUAUAAAGGGGAUUUAAAUAAACGUAUUUACAGAUUAUAGAAACGUUUUUGAAACAAUUUUGAUUCUGAUAGCCAUAUAUGUUUCUAAUGGACGAAAUGAAAAGCAAAGUUGUUCUAAUUACUGGAGCGUCCAGUGGAAUUGGCGAAGGAAUAGCUCAUGCCUUUGCCAGAAAAGGAGCAUCUGUAUCACUGUGUGGACGAAAUGCAGCGAACUUGGCAAAAGUUGCAGAAAAAUGUGUUUCCGAAGGCGCAACAAAGGCUUUAGAAAUUGUAGCAGAUUUAACGAAACUUGGAGAUAUGGAACGGCUGGUGGAUGAAACGGUUGCAAAACUUGGUCAGAUUGACGUACUUAUCAAUAACGCUGGUUACUGCUGCGCUGGUGGAGUAGAAGACGCUACUGUUGCGGAUUUCGACAUGGUGUUUUCCGUGAAUUUAAGAGCGCCUUAUUAUUUGAUUCAGCGGUGUAUACCACAUUUGAAAAAGACACAAGGUUGUGUAAUCAAUACAUCCAGCACAUAUUCGUUGAUUUGUAGACCGGAUACGACACAUUACAGCUUGACAAAAGUUGGUCUCGACCACCUUACCAGAUGUGCAGCAUUGGAUCUGGGAAAAUAUGGGAUUCGCGUCAACAAUGUGAACCCUGGAUUGGUAAUAACACCAAUCCAAGAAACCUUCGUUCCUCGUGAUCAGCUUGCUGCUUUCUGUGAAGAGUUUAGAAGUAGAACUCCUCUCAGAGGUGAAAUGAUGACCACACAUGAGAUUGCGGAUGUUGUGAUCUUCUUGGCGUCAUCCGGAGCAAAAUGGAUCACUGGAACGUGUAUUCCGGUUGAUCAAGGACGCUUUUUGAUGGGACAUUAA